AAUGUUCUUUCGACAUGUCAUUGAGUUGAAUGAAAAAGUACAUAAUGGCAGGGCCUUUACUGCUGCGAAGAUAGGCAUGUCAUAAAUUGCAAGGGCUAUUAUUCACAUAAGACUACUAUGUCUUCUUGCAAACUUGCGCUAUUAUCAAACGCCUACCUUCAGUUAUUUUAGGUAUUUGCUUGACCUGAAAGUGGCGAGGAUGAAUUCUGUGGCUUCAAAAGCCGACGAGAAUCCGGAGCAGCAAAGCACAACAAAAGCAUCACUAAAAUACAAUGGUAUGAAUCUUCAAGCAGCAAUAUCAGAUACAAAUGAAGCCAUGGCUCUGUGCCUGUGCAACAGAUUUGGGGAGGCACAAGCACUGCUUGAACCUCACACAAGUGACAGUAUCUACCAUGCUCUUGGGUACUCUACCAUUUCAUAUCUCCAGGCCAUAAUGACAUAUGAAUCAGAUGCCAUCGAAACUGCAUGUAAAUCAGUGAAAAGGGGUUUACAAGUUUGCAACAAGUAAGCAAAUCACAUUUUUUAACUCAGUUACUUAUUAUUGUAAUAGUUAUAUGGCCAGGCACAAUGCUUCUUGGGGGCAAUAUAAAACAGUCUUUUAAAAAAAGGAUUUGGAAGUUAAUGCUUCGUUGUUGAAUUUUUGGAAGAACUUUGUACCUCCAACCCUCUAUCCAACUCCCACUGCACCCCUUCAUUAUUAAAAGUUUCCAUUUCAGAUGUAACUCUUUAGAAUAUGUUAGUAGCCCUCUGGCUGUGAGCUCCUCAUAGCCCAUUCAACCUUGUUCUUAAGUAAGUGAAAGUAAGUCUUAUUUGGGUGAAAGCAGUCAAAGUAGCAGGGGCAGAUACCGCUUCAAGUUAGGGAAGAACUGAAAAAAUCAAAUAAUAUUUUUAAUUGCAAGUGGCAAUAAAUGGAAAGAAUAAAUCAAACUCCUAGAAUGCAAAAAAAUCCAGGCAGAUGGCCAACUCCAAGCAGAUUGUGGGUAUCCUUGGUCAAGGAUGAUGAGCGCCUGAUAAGGUCUUCCUUGGUGCUUCUAGCACCCAUAAAAACUCUGUUAGAUAGUUUAGAUCAACUGAAAUAACAAUUUAUUCAUAUGAUUUUAUCAAUUCCACUUCUGAAAGCAAAGUGCAAAAGUAUUUUUUCUAUGGCAUCUCUUUAUCUGUGCCGUAAAAGAAUGAUAAAAAUGAUCUUUCCCCCUGACUGGAUAUCCCAAAUAUUUAAUACGACAAAAUAUCUUAAGCGUCCGCAAUAAAAUUUUUUAGCAUAUAAUUGGAUCUUUUAAUCAAUUUUGACUCGACAAUCACUAAGCUAUGUACACCACAAAGCCAAAACGCGACACCGGUCAUGUUUACAA